AUGCAUUCGGGAUUGUUCACGUUACACUUCACACCAGUAUGCGCCGCGGAUGAGGAAAAGGUUGCAGCCUCAGGCAGCAUGUCUGCCUCCACGCAAAACUCCGCGGAGUUCGGCGAUUGGCACAUUCUUUUGCGCUUUGCCGUCGAGAAUGAGGUGCUUUCGGUGAGGCCUCAGGGGAAGAUAUUCGCCAUGGGAGGUGAGUGCGGUACUAACAGCAGUAGCGAGGAACCGGUUGUCAUCCCUGGCUUGGGCCGUGUGCCCCGACCAGUGAAGGACAGACAAGUCUCAGUAGUGAUGCGCUGCCAUUGUCACUGGCAGUAUACCGAGGCCUUCCGCUUUGACGUUUGCUUUGACAAGCUUGAGGGGGUCGUUGUGGGUAUGAAGGGAACGCCACUAAAUGACGUGACGAUUAGCUGUGAGGGCAGCCAGGCGUACGGAUGGUAUAUUGGCGAGGCAACUGUGCGAGUCGAGGGGAAGCCAUUUGUGCUACCGCACCGUCUGCGAUUCGUGUUAGACCCUUACGUGGGUGCGCAGUGCACAAUGUGCCUGGACCCUGUCUAUGCGCAGGGCUACACCUGCACGGAGUGCGGGGCGGUGGAGUACUGUUCACAAAAAUGUCAGGCUGCGCACAUGAUUGGCGGUCACGGUCUGUUGUGCCCAAUCCUUCGUCGCACCUACACGCAGCGUUCAGGGAAGGUUCUGACAGAGACGGAGAAAGGCACAGAACUGGUUGCGUGGUGGCGCUGCUUGGAGAAUGCGUGCUACUCGAUUCUUGUGGAUUUUCACAACUCCCUUGGGCAACCCAUUGAGUUCUUUCUUUGCACGCUAAAGCCGGCGCAGGAGGAGGGCCUGCGCUACCGUUUUAUCGUGAGAGAAGGCUCCACGCCCAGGGCUGUGAAGCAGGAGGAACUUGUCGAGUUUGCGUGCACCGUCUUCCGUGCCGUUAGUGAGAAUUCUAUCAGCGAAGGGUGUACAUCACUGGCUGCGGCAUGUCUGAAUUACAUCUUUGUUUUCAGCCGACACAUCGAGUCCAUAGUGGAGUCGCAUGUCCUCUACUACUACAGCUACCUCUGCGAGGACUUUGAGGGCACUAUAUGCUCGGUCGAAGAGUACGUGACGUAUGCCCGACCCAUGCAUGAGCUUGGUAUAGCUCUCAUUGAGUUUGCCCUCAAGAGUCCCACUGCCCUGCUGUUUUGGCAGCGCAUCAAGUUGGCCAAGAACGUCUUCAUCAAUCUGUACAACGUCAACACGAGCUGCCACUGCUCCAAAAUCAAGGAGCUGGUGACGGCCAUCCCGGGGCAGCAGCGGGAGACGCUGAGUUUACUGUCGAAGGUCUUCCUUAUCAUGGCGUCGCGGGCCCCCAAGAAGGAGGGACUCCGCCUUCUGGAGCAGGCGGAAAAGUGUCUGCGGGACUGCCUGCCAACGGAGCAGGAGGCGGAUACCGCCGCCACCGCCAUGGACGCAGCGGAGAGUCAACGCAACAACCGCUUUGAGGAUUCAGACGUGCUCGAUGAUAAUUUGGAGGAGAUGGAUCCAUCCUGCCUUGCCAUUUUGUACUUCCGACUCUCCACCCUGCUACUCCUCUACGAUGAUGCGAAUAAGACACGUGAGGCGGAGGUGCUCAAGGCUCAGGGCGACGCACUCAUUGCGAAGACAAAACAAACACUUGCGGAGAAUUCGGCGACGAAAUGA